AUGGUUGUCGCAACGAUCAAGUGUGUAGUAGUCGGUGACGGUGCUGUCGGCAAGACAUGUCUCCUCAUCAGCUACACGACGAACAAAUUCCCCUCAGAAUACGUGCCCACCGUCUUCGACAACUAUGCUGUCACUGUUAUGAUCGGAGAUGAGCCAUACACCUUGGGACUCUUCGAUACCGCCGGACAGGAAGAUUACGAUCGUCUCAGACCUCUAUCAUACCCACAAACAGAUGUCUUCCUCGUCUGCUUUAGUGUCACCUCCCCCGCCUCAUUCGAAAACGUCCGCGAAAAGUGGUUUCCCGAGGUUCACCACCACUGCCCGGGUGUGCCCUGCCUCAUCGUUGGCACGCAAACCGAUUUGAGAGAUGACCAGAGUGUUCGGGAGAAGCUGGCAAAACAGAAGAUGCAGCCCGUGAGGAAAGAGGAUGGCGAGCGGAUGGCCAAAGAGCUCGGUGCUGUCAAGUACGUCGAGUGCAGUGCGCUGACCCAAUAUAAGCUCAAGGACGUUUUCGAUGAGGCAAUCGUCGCAGCACUGGAGCCACCCGCGCCUAAGAAGAAAUCACACAAGUGCUUGAUUCUAUAG